GAGCUCUCAAAAUUACCUUAAAACUAGGAAUUCUGAUAAGAGUCUUGAACAUGGCUAGCUCUGUUGUGUUUAAGCUGAGUUGCUUGGUGCUUGCGUGCAUGGCGAUAAGUGCACCUAAGGGCGCCAAAGCGGACAUAUCAUGCGACCAGGUUGUUAGAAACCUGACGCCAUGCAUUUCUUAUGUAGCCAACGGUGGCUCUGUGGCCGCCGCCUGCUGCAGCGGGAUCAAGUCCCUCUACAAUGCGGCUAAAACCACGGCUGACCGCCAGAGCGUUUGUAAAUGCCUAAAGCAAGCCAUUAACGGGAUUCCAUACACCAGUUACAAUCUUGGGCUCGCAGCUGGACUUCCUAACAAAUGUGGCGUCAACCUUCCCUACAAGAUCAGCCCCUCUUCAGACUGCAACAACAUAAAGUGAGGUUGAUGGAGAAGUACUGGAGGGUUUCCUCUGGAGGAUCUUGUAGCGUGAGAAUAAAUAAAUGGGUGAUUUUGUCUCCCAGCUUCGUCUUUGUAGUUGAUGGAUCUUCUGAUGACUCUUAUCUAAGUUGGAUCUUGGUUUUUGCUUCUAAGUACUUUGCCUACGGAUCGGAGGAGAUUAAAUUGGUGGCAUGGAUAUAUAUAUAUAUAUAUAUAUAUAUAUGUCAGUUUUCUCUGAAAAGCUAGCUAGCGUCUCGAACGCCACUAAUUGUAUUUGGCUUCUCUUACGUACGCAAUAUAUGUAAGUUUUGAAUGA